CGGCGCGGGCGCGGUUUCCGCGGGCGGGGGAGGCGCGGCCCCGCCAUGGCGGCGCAGGGGGAGGACCCGCUGGGCUAUUUCGCGGCCUACGGCAGCUCCAGCUCCGACUCGGAGCCCGAGGAGCCCCAGCCCGACGAGCGCCCGGCGGGAGCCGGCGCGGCCUCGGGGGGCAGCCCGGGGCGGCCGCGGCUGCCGCCGCCCGACGAGCUCUUCCGUCGGGUGUCGCAGCCGCCCGCCUUCCUCUACAACCCUCUCAACAAGGAGAUCGACUGGGAGAGCCGCGUCCUGCGGGCGCCCGAGGAGCCCCCCAGGGAGUUCAAGGUGUGGAGGAGCAACGCCGUGCCCCCGCCGGAGACCUACAGCCCGCCCGAGAAGCCGCCGCCGCCGGCCCCGGCCCUCGACAUGGCGAUCAAGUGGUCCAACAUCUACGAGGACAAUGGCGACGACGCGCCCCGGCAGGCCGGCAAGGCCAAGUUCCUGCCGGACGAGGAGCAGGAGCCCCUGGAGUCGGAUGAUGAAAAAGAUGAUGAACCAGCUUCUGCUAAGAAACGUAAAGUAGAGUCUGGAGAGCAGGCAAAGAAGAAGAAGAAGGUAUAAGCAGGGCGUUUUGGAUUUAGACAUAAUGAGAAUUUCAAGGAACUUGGAUUCCUCUGCUGGAGUGGGAAACAAAUACGUGUUUACUGCAUUUCUCUCUCGUAUUGGGUAGGGAAUUUUAUUUCUGUAGUAUGCUUGCCUUUUGGAAAGCACAAAAUUAAAUGGACACUGUUGUGGUAGAACUCAUUUACUGAACAGAAUUUAAACCUGUUUAUUUGAAACAAGGAUUUAAAAGAGAGAUCCAUUGCCAUGGAUACUUGUGUUCAUGCAGGUUACAGGGCUUCACAGUAUUUUGUUUAUCAAGAAACCUGGUAACGUGCGUAUUUCCCAUUGUGUCAAAACCUUUUAUAAAGGAGUAUAUACUAAAGAUUUUUUAGGUACUGGUCUGUGAUAUGUUCACAUAAUGUUGUUUUUAAAUGUAUGUAUCGACUGCAGAUAGUCACUGGAAUAAAACUACAUUUGAAAACAUCUGUGGUACAAAUACUGCAUUGCAUGCUUGGUGAAUAGGAGCAAUGAAUUCUGUAUUGUAUGCCAUUCACUGAUGUAUGACUUAACAGGUUCCUCAGGGCUUUUUUGUUUAAAUAAAUACACAACUACAAACUGAAAAAAAUG